AUGAGCACAAGUGGGUCGCGCGACAGCGCCAGCACGCGCGAGAGCGCGCGGGAGACGCGGGCGGGGCCGCAGGCGCUGCCACUGGGCUCGGUGGUGUCGCUGAGCUCGAUGCGGUCUGCAAGCCCGACGCACGCGCCGUGGGUGGCGAAGCCGACGACGUCUGUGGACCUGACGAACCACUUCAUGGAGGUGGCUGCGCGCGGGGGCGAGGAGGAGCGGAGCUUGGCGUCUCCGGGCGAGGAGAUGCAGUACGAGCUGGCGCACAGCAUGAAGGCUGCACCUGCGCUUCCCCGCGAGUUGCCCAGCCCGUUCCGGGCGGCGGGCGGCAGGGGCGCGCUGCCGCAGGAGAAGCAGUUCUUCGUUCUGACCGCGGCGGGCAAGCCGAUAUACUCGAUGCACGGGCCGGAGGAGCUUGUGAUGGGGCUGAUGGGGAUUGCGCACACGCUGCUGAACUACUUCGAGCUGGACGGCCCGCGCGAGCGGCUGCGGACCAUCACGACAUAUGACGCCCACGGCGUGCUGCAGCGGUUUGCGUUUCUGCGGAAAAAGCACGUGGUUCUGCUGGCGAUGACUACGCGCAACGAGGCAGAGGCAGAGUUGCAGCAGCAGCUCGACCUGUUGUACUCUUACUUGGUAUCUAGUCUGUCGUUGCGGCAGAUGUCCCGUCUAUUCGAGCGGGCGAACUUUGACUUGCGGAGUUUCCUGACGGAGUCGGACUUCCACAAUCUGGACCAGCUGUGCCGUGCCAUGUGCGACGGCACACACCUGGGCUGGACUUUGGGCGCACUGGAGUGCAUAACGCUGAAGCACUCCGUGCGGCAGCGUAUCAAUUCGAUAAUGCUGCGUGCAACACGUGGAUUGGCGGUUGGAACGUUGCUUUAUGGGAUGAUAGUGGCGCCAGAUCACAGACUGGUAUCUGUGCUUCGGCCGAAGGGUCACACCCUACACACCACGGAUUUGCAGCUGCUGUUCUCAAUGGUUGAGAAUCAGCUGCAGCUUCUUCAUAGCAGCCAAGAAGUCUGGGUACCUCUGUGCUUCCCCAAGUUCAAUGGGAACGGCUUUCUCUAUUGCUACAUCAAGUUUCUACCGACGGAUACUGAUUCGGCCAGCAACGAGACCACCCUAGAGGGAAAUAUGCACAUCAAGCCAACGUUAAUUUUGAUUAGUCCACAGAAGAGCUCCUUCUACGACCUGCACACAUGCGCCAGUGAAAUACUUGAUAACCUCGCUGUGGCAGGCAUCAUGCCGCACAUAACUGCGCCAUCACGCUUCACUAUUAACGACAUUCCCGCGCCAUUAGUGCAUCAUUUCAUCUACAAGUCGAAGAAAUAUGUGCAAUAUGUCAUGCCAGAAACAUCUAGCACUACAGACUGGUCUACAUUGAUGAAAUACUACUCUCACUUGCGAUCAAAUGCGCUAGACUCCCAUGGAAACCCUCUUAGUGAAAAUGUCGUUGCCUUCGCGCGGUGGUGUGCGUCCUCAGGCCAGGUCCAGGUAGAAUAUUGUGACUCCAGCGAAGAACUGCAAGUUGAAGAUCAGCCUUCCUCGAUCUUUAGUGAAUCAUUUGUAGAGGAAAGUUUGAACAUGACUGGCCUUUCGUGGAUCACUCCAAGCUUUGAACUGUAUCUCUUGUGCAAUAACGGCGAAAUCCCGAAAGCAGUAGUCAUGAAAAGUGCGAGAAAUGUCGUCGGUUGGUGCUCGCGUAAUGGACACAAGCUUUUCGUUUCAGAGGGUGCUGUCUUUUAA